CUCUACAACCACGGUGUCGCGCGUAGGGCGAGGCACACGUUCCGCCGCAGAACAACGAAGCAGUCAACAUUUUGAUACUGGUCCUUCGCCCGUUGCCCGCACGCGAUCGAUCCCGCCCACCCUCGUUGAUCCAGCCAGCCAGCCAGCCAGCCAGCAGCAGCCUGCUCUAGCUCAAUUAGUGCUGCUUCUUGCUCAUAUGCCCGGUGUUCUCCCAGCGAUAACGAAGCAGCAUGCCGUCACCUGAAGACCGCAGAGCGCGAAAGCCCAGUCUGCGCCAUCGCCAAUCCUCCACCCUCCACUACUCCACCUUUCCCACUGCUCCUCCGCGGAACGCUGGACGACCUCCGCCCAAAGACAUGAAGAGCAAUGGCGCCGCACAACCUCCUCCUCCGAACGACAGACACGAUUCCUACGAGUCCGAUGCCGAACAUGAGACCCCGCUUCCAAAGGGUCAGCUCGCCGUGUUGGCGGUAAUAGCGCUGGCAGAGCAGACGGCGUUGAAUAGUAUCUCGCCAUAUCUGCCUGAGAUGGCUUCCACCUUUCCCGAAGUCGAUCCUGCCGAUAUUGGCAUGUACGUGGGGUUAAUCGCAUCUGCGUUUGCUCUGGCGCAAUUCGCGACGAAUUUCAUGUGGGGUUGGUUGUCAGACAGGAUCGGGCGCAAACCAAUAGUCUUGACGGGGACGUUGUUCACGGCAGUUUGCUUUGUCGCAUUUGGGUUCUCUCGACGAUUAUGGCAUGCUGUGCUCAUCCAGGCACUGAUGGGGUUGGUGAACGGGAAUCAGGGCGUCAUCAGUACAUGCCUGGGCGAGAUCACGGAUCGCUCGAAUCAAAGUCGCGCCUUCACGUACUUGCCAGUGAUAUACGGCAUCGGAGGCAUAACUGGACCCUUGAUUGGAGGACUACUGGUCAUGAAAGAGCAUCCCUUGAAACCGGGCCAGCCGAACCCGUAUCCUUUCUUGCUUCCGAACCUGUUUUCCGCCGGUGUUCUGCUCAUAGACUUCGUCGUGACUGCGAUCUUCCUCGAGGAGUCUUUGGACACGGCGGACGAGCUACCACCAUUGAGCAAGAGGUUUGGCAGUCUCUUUGCCAGACUAUGGCAAUUCACCAGCUCUUCAAAGCCAACAUAUUUGACUCGAUCAGCCAAGCGGUCCGAACGGCACGCGUAUGGUACAAUACGACAGAAUGAUAGCACUAACCAGGACGAUCACGACGAGAUUGACGAGGACGAUGAUAACGAUAAUGAAGAAGACGAGAACACCACGCUAUUCCACAGCAACCACGAAGAACUGGAUCGCAAAGACGUGUUCAACCGUGAUACAAUACUGCUACUUGCUUCGUAUCUCAUCUUUCAGCUCAGCAACGUCAGCUUCAACUCACUCUAUCCAAUCUUCUCCGAGGGACGUCCGCCUACAGGACGCAAUCUUGUACCCAAAGAAAUUGGCACCAGUCUCGCAUUCGCUGGUCUCAUCACCAUUGUCUUCCAGGUUGGCAUUUUCGGCACACUUCGCGAGAAAGUGGGAAACAAAGUCACCUAUCGUUGCGGACUGGCUGGAUUCGUGCUCGCUUUCGUCCUCAUGCCAUGGGUCGGAUACAAAGAUGGCAAAGACGGCACGCAUGAGCCCACGCAAGCGGGGAAGAUUUGGCUAUGGGUAGAAUUGGGAGCUGUGCUUCUCAUCAAGACUGUCGCAGCUGUGGGAGGCCUGACGAGUGCCCUUCUACUGAUCACCAAUAGCGCGCCUUCUCAUGCCGUGCUUGGGACGUUGAACGGGCUGGCCCAGACUUUAAGUGCAGGUGGACGAGCGCUUGGACCUUUCAUUAGUGGGUCUUUGUUCACUGCCGCCACACAUGUACGGCCUAAAGGCGAAGCUAUGGCUUUCGGCAUCUUUGGCGGGAUUUCUUUCAUUGGGGUUUUGAUGAGUUGGGGGAUACGGAGUGCAAGUCUAGAAGCAGAUGGAUGGGACGAAAGUACUACUGACGAGGAAGAUGGAGGGAGUGACGAGGAUGAGGAUGAGGCUGCAUCUUCCCCGCAAAGGAGGCGAUAGUACAACAGUGGGUUUGCUUCACCAUUGGUCAUGGGGCACUUGGUGGUAGACGAGCGUCAAUGUCGCUUGCAUUUUAGCGAGGAGUUAUUGUCUAUUCUUGUUGGUUCGUGUGGAGUUGGGAGGAGCUGGGCUCGCAUUUUACGCUGUACAGUAUCCAGUCGGUGGCACAGUCGGAUUCUGCAUGUGUCGGCGAUGGCAGGGC